UAUAGGAGGCAACAUACAAGAUUGCAUACGGAUCAACGAAUCCUUUUGCUCUUCCAUACAACAAUGUCUUCUUCUUCCCCUUUUGUGUUCCCUCAAACUCAAUCCACAGUUCUCCCAGACCCUUCAACUUACUUCUCCUCAAACCUUCUUUCAUCUCCACUUCCCACAAACUCUUUUUUCCAAAACUUUGUUCUUUCAAACGGAUCAAAACCUGAGUAUAUUCAUCCCUACCUCAUCCAAACCUCAAAGUCCUCACUAUCUGCCUCAUACCCUCUUCUCUUCUUCACUGCAGCAGUCUUGUACCAAACUUUUGUGCCCGAUCUCACAAUCUCUUCUACUCAAACACUUUCAACUCAACAAAACCAUGUAAUCUCAUCCCACAGUGACCUUGGUGUCACCUUGGACAUUCCCUCCUCCAAUCUCAGGUUCUUUCUCUCAAGAGGAAGCCCUUUUAAAAACACCAAGUACACCCUUGAGCUCAACAACACUCAGACAUGGCUCAUAUACACCGACUCCCCAAUCUCUUUGAACACGCUUGGUGCUUCUCAGGUUACAUCGAAACCAUUUUCUGGCAUCAUCCGUGUAGCAGCGUUGCCUCAUGACAACCCCAACAAUAUGGCAGUUCUCGACAAGUUCAGCUCUAGCUACCCUUCAUCGGGUAAUGCAAAACUAGAGGAUCCUUUCCGUUUGGUGUAUCAAUGGAAAAAGGAAGGUUCUGGGGAUUUGCUCAUGCUGGCUCACCCUCUUCAUGUUAAACUUUUAUCAAAUAAUAAUAAAACUGGUAAUAUUGCCAUUUUGCAUGAUUUUAAGUAUAGUAGCAUUGAUGGUGAUCUUGUUGGCGUUGUCGGAGAUUCAUGGAAGUUGCAAAUGAAUCCUAUUCCCGUGACAUGGCAUUCUAACAAAGGCGUGGAAAAAGCGUCAUUUCAGGAAAUUGUCUCAGUAUUUUCCAAGGAUGUUCAAGCACUAUCUCCAAUAGCAACGGCAUCCUCCUACGCAUAUGGGAAACUUAUUGCAAGGGCUGCAAGGUUGGCGUUGAUAGCGGAAGAAGUGUCUUUUCCAAACGUGAUUCCCAACAUUAAGGAGUUUCUGAAGAAGAAUAUUGAGCCUUGGUUGGAUGGAACAUUCCCAGGGAAUGGUUUUCUAUAUGAAAAAAAAUGGGGUGGACUUGUAACGAAAAUGGGGUCAACUGAUUCACGCGCUGAUUUUGGGUUUGGAGUGUACAAUGAUCACCAUUACCAUUUGGGGUACUUUCUUUACGGAAUUGCGGUUCUAGCAAAGAUCGACAACGAGUGGGGAAACAAAUACAAGCCACAAGUUUAUGCACUUUUGUCAGAUUUUAUGAACUUGGACGAACAAAACGCUCAUUAUCCACGUCUAAGGUGUUUUGACCUCUACAGGUUACACUCUUGGGCUUCAGGGCUGACAGAAUUUGGUGACGGACGGAACCAAGAAAGUACAAGUGAAGCUGUGAAUGCGUACUACUCAGCAGCUUUGGUGGGUUUAGCAUACGGUGACUCACAUCUUGUUGCCACUGGAUCAACGCUACUGGCGAUGGAAAUUCUCGCUACACAAACUUGGUGGCAUGUGAAAGUUGAAGACAACUUGUACAAUAAAGAAUUUGCAAAAGACAAUAGGAUAGUUGGUGUUCUGUGGUCUAAUAAGAGGGAUAGUGCAUUAUGGUGGGCGGCUGCUACAUGCAGAGAGUGCAGACUUGGAAUCCAAGUGCUACCCUUGUCGCCUAUCACUGAGACAUUGUUCUCUGAUGCUGCUUAUGUGAAGGAGCUUGUGGAAUGGACAUUUCCAUCUUUAAGUAGUCAGAGUUGGAAGGGAAUGACCUAUGCCUUGCAGGGAAUUUACGAUAAGCAAACAGCAUUGCGUAACAUAAGAACGUUGACAGCUUUUGAAGAUGGAAACUCAUUCUCUAAUCUCUUGUGGUGGAUUCACAGCAGAUAA